UUUCAGGUUUUGUUUUUUUUUUCUAUUUUACUUUUACUAAUUUUAGCUGGUAUUUUUCCUGUUUUAGCUAGAACAUUUGGUUUCAGCACUUGCUGUUAGUACCAGAUACGCAUCUGAGUUUGAAUUUAUCGCUUUCUCCAGAAAUCCACAUUGUGAGAAACACAAAAUUGUGGUUCUCCUGUUUGCUUCGACGACUCUGCAUACUCUAUUUGUGGCAACCUUAGGUUUCAUGGAUCAGUCAAGCGGAUCAAGAAACACCCUUAAGGAAUUGGAGGAAUUUCGAAAACGAAAGUUGGCGGAAAGAGAAGCAGUCGCACGGACCAUGAUUAAAUCGGAUAGUGCCCCCCACCAGACUGAUACUCGUGGAUCGCGAACUGAGAACUACGCUCACCAUACAUAUGAUAGUGAAAGGCCGAGCUCUGAAACGAUUUCUCCUGGGUCUUCGGAUGGAGGAGCCCCGCCAUCGUCUGUCCGGAAAGAACAUUCCUCGGUUUUUGACAGGAUUUCUUCGUGGCUGUACAGUGUCAUAAUGCCCGAAAACCUGACUGCAGCACCAGUAGUACGUGAAAGAGAUGAUGUAGCGUCUCUCAGUGACAGUGACGACGAAGAAUCGGAUGCCCCGUCGUCAAGUCCAGUGGAAGCUGCUUCAUGGUCGACAAGAAUAAAAUUAUUUUGUCAGUCUUAUCGCUUCUGGUGGAUUUUGGCCUGGUUAUGUGGAUUUCUUUUGGCGGUGCGAUUCGGAUGGGGAGCCGUGUAUUUUGCCUUAUCGGUACUUGUGUUAAUUUGGAAAGGGUUGAGUGACUCGCGGAAACGGAAGCGGGGAACGUUGAGUGCAUACUCUGUUUUCAAUCGUAACUGUGAGCGUAUUGAGGGGACUAUCGACGCGGAGCAGCUACAAAGACAGAUGUUUUUACGAUUUUGAGAAUGUGUAUUUUGGUUAGCGUCUUACUGAGCAAAACUCUGCUGCAUAAUGUUGCGCUGUUAGUGGUGAUUUCGUUUUUAUUAUAGAGCUUGUAUGAUUACACUGUACGUCUGUCUGUGCAUUCACUGACUGUGAAGAGUUAACAAUAAUUAGUAAUAAUAUUAUGUAAUCAAA